UCCUCCAGUAUCCCAACAUCCCUGGCGCUCUAUAAGGGGAGCGCAGUGACGUCAGCACGCUCUCUCUCUCUCUCUCUCUCUCAGUUCAUUGCCGGGGUUGGGAAAAUGGUUAACGUACCAAAGACCCGGAGGACAUACUGCAAGAAAUGUCGUAGGCACCAGCCCCAUAAGGUUACCCAAUAUAAGAAGGGAAAGGAUUCCUUAUACGCACAGGGUAAGAGGCGUUAUGACAGAAAGCAGAGUGGUUAUGGUGGACAGACAAAGCCUAUAUUUCGGAAAAAGGCUAAGACCACAAAGAAGAUUGUGCUGAGACUGGAGUGUGUGGAGCCCAACUGUCGAUCAAAGAGAAUGUUGGCCAUCAAGAGGUGCAAGCACUUUGAGCUGGGUGGAGACAAGAAGAGGAAGGGCCAAGUCAUCCAGUUCUAAGCUGCAUCCUUUGAUGAUUUUUUUUUGGAGUACACAUUCACAAUAAAAUUAAUUAAAGUUA